AUGAUCCAUGCAAAUUAUGAUUUUAUCCUCUAUCCAGCAAAUCAAAAUAAUUUAGUUAGAACUCUCAGAUUUAAUGAACCACAUUCUAAUGGAACACUAGAAAUUUGGGAAGAUGAACAUACAAAUGGAGGAGGUGUUCAAAAUCAAUUUAACCACCUUAUAGCUCUUUAUCCAAAUGGAACUUUGGAUUUAUUUUAUUAUAUUAGAUGUCGAAAUCGAAAUAAUAUUGAAAGAUUUGAAUAUAGUGAAAGGCAUAGAAUUAUGAGAGAAAGCUUAAUUUUAACUUUUAUUCAACAAGUAACACACAGAGCUGUUGAUGGAACUAUUAUUUCAAUUGAUCAAUUCCGUCCUCAAUAUUACAAAAUUAAUUUUUAG